CCGCGGCAACUCUCACAGGAGUCGCAGACUUUUUGAAAAGCCGAUGUUGGUUUACGAAUUGCUUUCAGAGAAGAACAACAAUUGAAAAUUGCGUCAUGUAUCGCGGACGAGGGUAACGGAAACCGAAUUUUCGAACUGCUCUGUGAUUUUGUUCGUCACUCUAUUGUGAUUUUUUUAUUUUUGACCGAAAGUUACAAUUUUGACUAAAAGUGACAAUUGUGGAUAGUUUUUGGGGAAACAUGUUGACAUCUGCGAAUCAGUAUUUGAGACCUGAAUACUUGUCUCCGUUGGCAACGACGUUGGAUGCCAAGAAAAGUCCCUUAGCCUUGCUUGCUCAAACUUGCAGUAAUAUCGGAGCUGAUAAUCCUAACAAUAAACCUAUAAUAACUGGUUUAGAAAAGAAUAAGGACUCCAGCAAUGACUCAAAAAAGGACAAAUCACCACUUAUUAUAAGUGAUGAUCACAGCAACAGCAAACCAUCUUUCAAACCAUACGAAUCUGUUAUCAAAAAGGAUGAUAAUCAUAACAUCGAAUUCGGAGGUAAAAAGACUCCCAAUUCUAAAGCAAGUUCCCCUUCAGUGACGAAUCGCAUAUCUCCUGCUGUUAGCACUAGUUCUUGUGGUAAAAGCUCACCCAUAAAUUCAGAAAAUGGUAGGAAUAGUUCUCACAAUGCAACUAAGACUGAGUCUUCCGUUGCGUCUCCUACUAGUACAUCAGAUUCUACUUCUACGACGCUAUGCUCUACGCAAAAUACUCUUAGUGGACUAGGUUACGGUUCAACGAGCUUGGGUUUAGAUCUAGCACGUAGUGAUGCAUCUAAAGAAAGCUUGAACAAUUUUGGACUAAGUGCCUAUAAAGCUCUAUCUGGUCUAAAUCCUCUCUCCAAUUGCACUGGCUGUGGACCUCUUCCAGGACAUUCCAUCGAUGCACACGCUUUUCCUGGAGCUGCUCAAAGUGGAUUGCUCAAAGGCUCAAACUAUCCCUUAAGUGCCACAGCAUUAUCCCCGUAUGUUGGAUAUGCGAGAGUCAAAACUUCAAAUGGUGGCACAACUUUGGUUCCUGUAUGUCGGGAUCCCUAUUGUACAAAUUGUCAAUUGAGCAUGCACAGUGCUCAGCUAUCUUCGUGUCCUAGUGGAUGUACUCAAUGUAAUCAUGACAGGUUAGGUUCCACAUUACCUGGCCUAGGACAUGGACUUGUCCCAGGCUUGACUGGUUCUGCAGCUGCUAUGGCUGCCGUAGCAGCAGCAAGUCGUGUGCCAAGUCUUUCAUAUCCUCAAUCAGUCUUACCUAGGCCAAAUGUUUGCAGUUGGAUGAUUGGUGAUACAUGCUGUGGUAAAUCAUUUAACUCUUCUGAGGAACUGUUGCAACAUGUGAGGACUCAUGCGAGCUUGCCUACAUCUGAAUCUUCGCUGUCUCUCAUGUCACCGAGUUUCAGUUUAGCUUCUUCAAGUCUAAAUGCUGCAUGCCACAUGCAUUAUAGCUCUCCUGCUGGGCUAAGAAGAACAUAUCCCACAAGUUUGAGUCCAGUUAGCUCCCUAUCGGCGGCUAGCCGUUAUCAUCCCUAUAAGCCAAUCUUGUCCAGUUUGCCUGGAGCUCCAUUACCACAACUAGCACACCCAAGUUUAGGCAUGUAUUAUCCAUACGGAUUAUACGGACAAAGACUUGGACCACCCGUACACCCUUAAUGAUAUUAUAUUAUAUGGUACAGAAGUACAGUUAUCUUGGAAUCCUAAAUCAAGGAGAGUAAAAUUAUUCGAAUAAAAUUGAUUUUUAGUAUGCAAAAAAUAAAAUUUAUAAUUAUAUUUCUUUUCUUAUUAUUUUAUGUAGCUUUAAUAACGGUAAAGCUUAACAGCUAUGAAGUCUUAACUGUGAUAUUUUAUUGUGUUUUGUUUUGUUGAACUCGACUGUUUCCUGAAGUUCCUAUGGCAGUUAAUUUAUUCAAUAUUUUGCAAUUAUUCUUGUUGCUAACUGCAUUAAUUUUUCACACUUAUCUGCACCUCCUAAAGCUUUUACUCAAUAAAUUAGAAUUUUGGUAACUGUUACUUCACUGUACUAUCUUCAAGUCAAGUCGGUAUAGUAUUUAUAUCACAUGUGCAAACUAACAUACAUAAUUAAAAGAAAAAUGCAUUCUUGUAUUAAAGUGUCCUAUUAUGACGGACUUAUGUCUUAAUGUGAUCAAACUAAGUGAUAAUGUAUUAUAAUUUUAUUAAAUGUAACAAAAAUGUAACUACCAAAGCUUUUGUAUAUAAGUAGUUGAUUGUUUUAAUACCUAUCUAAGUUUUAUAAAGAUCCCCCCCCCUUCAAAAAUGUUAGUUGCUUCACACACAUUAGUUAUCUUCACUUGAAAAACUUCUCUUUUUCUGAAACCAUGUUUUGAUUAAUCAGAUCAUAAGAGUUUAACACUUGAAAAAUAAAUUUCCAUUCAUUCCUUUAUUGGUUAUAAAGCAACAUUCUAAUAAUAGUAUUUCAAAAUUUUCAAAAGGUUAUUAACUUUUCAGUUAGUGAAAUGUUAAAAUUUAUUGAUGUAAUGUUUAAAAGUGCUUAAUUUGUAAAAUUUUUAUAUGAAAUUUAAAAUAAUCGUCUAAUUUUUUAAAGGCUGUUUGAUCGUGCAAAUCACUGUUACGUUAUUAUUAUUUAAUCUCAGGUGUUACACUAUGUUCCAAAUUUUUUUUUUUAUAUUUACAUUUAUAAAAUAUAUCUUAUAAUGAUUGCAGUUCGUGAAAAAAAAAUUCUCAGGUUGCAGUAUGGAAAAAAAUAACAAUACUUUAUAUUCUUCAUUAAUAGAUUUCGUCUUCAAUCAUGUAAAUAGAGUUUUUUGAUGUCUGUGUUAAAUUGUAUAUUUGUAAAUGCAUAUUUGUUUAUCGAUUAGGGUUUUAACCUAUCCUGAUUUUUUUACAUUCAUCUGAGAGCAUUUGUAAAUUGAUAAUGUCCUUAAUAAGUUAUUUGAAAUUAUUUAUUUUUAAUACAUUAAAAGAUAAUUUAUUAUUGACUUAUUGAUGCCAAAAUGAAAUGCCAAUUUUGUAUCAGCGCAUUAUUUUUAUUUAUGUUGUUCCGAAUGAAGUAACAUGAUUUUUCUUUUCGUAACAAUAUGACAUUAUCUUGCGUGAAUCAGUAUGUUGUACUUUGAAAGUACUGAUAAAUUGUGCAAUAUUAUUCUGGAGACAAUCAUGCAUGAGAAAUUUAAUUUUUUGUUGUAUUAUUUUUCAUCAUUUUUUUUUUACCUUUCCAUUUAUGACAUAGGAGUAUUCACUCAAUUUAUGAAU